AUGGCGGCUUCCGCCGGGAGCGCCGCUGUGCUCAAGACGGCCGUGCCUGCCACCUGCAUCGUGCUGGUCCUGUUGUCGGCCAUGGGUCCGCCGGCGAUGGCCGACUUGCGCGACGAUUGCCGCGCGUUCUGUAAUCCUAGGUGCGCUGGCUACACUAGUGAUCUGUGCGGCGGCAUCAUCCACAUUUCCCCUUUGCUGGAUCCCCUCAGCUUGACGUGCAUCGAGCGGUUCUAUGGAGUGUGUGCCAUCACAUGCCUGACCAUCUGCACCGCAAACACCCUGACUCCGUCCGGCAGCCCGGUGCCGGAGACUCCCCCGCCGCCGCCGCCGCCGUGCAAACAAUAUUGA